AUGGAUAGUAGAUUAGAUCAAUCAAGGCAGGAACUUGAUCUUGCUCGUUGCAGAUCACAGUGGUCGAAUGUACCAAAUUUGGCCUAUCGAUUCAAAAAAUACAAUCCUGAUGAUGAGGUUUUGCAAGAAACUGCUUGUUUAGAAGCUCAACUGAUUGAACUUAUUACUAAAGUACGAACACAAUAUUAUUUAGAACGAAAUGGAAUUACUACUUUGAAUAAGAAUCAGACUAUUCAAGAUACUAUCUAUGAUCAGGAUACUCCUCAACAUGUCAGUUUACCCAUUCGUUUAUCUCCUAUUCAAAUGAUUCCUAUACAACAUGAACUUGAACGUAUUUUUUCAAGAAUCAUCCUUGCACGUGUUUUUUAUGAAAGUGGACAAUAUGAAAAAGCUUUGGAUCUUUUACAAAACUUGGUGUUACGAUUAGAAGAUGUCAGCGCAGGUUAUGGGUUUGUUUUGUUAAUACAAGCCCGAGUCAUCAAAGGUAUAUGCUUUGAAUUAAUAGGCAAGGAAAAGGAUGCUUUGGAUACAUUUGAAGCUAUUUGGACUACACUGGAGGAACAUUUGAAUGAAACCGGAUCAGCUUUGGCUUAUUGGACAGAAGAUGGAUUUUAUCGUGCUAUUAUGUUAUGUUUACGUACAAGUGCUUCUGUGGAUUUGACUCUCAAGUUUUUACGUGCCUACAGUCAAUUAUCAUCCUCUCAUUGGUCUUCUCAUUGGCGUAAUCAGAAAAAAUGGGUAAUCUUCAAGCUAUAUACCGAUUAUUUAAUCAAUGUUUAUGUCGAAGGAACAUAUCCUGUUCAUUCCAAGAUCACUGAAUUCGUUAACAUUAUGUUCAAGGCUCAUGAUAUCAUUGGUUGGGGUGAAAUUAGCCACAUUCGAAGAAUACAACAGUUUUUAUACCAUGCAGAGUCAUUGACGUUCAAUAGCCCAUGCAUCUUCCGAUCGUUGUUUUAUGCCUUGUUACGGCUUGGUAAUUUUGAAGAAGCCAAGUACGCCUUUCGAACCUAUAUGGAACUAGUUGGGUUACCUGAUAUGAAGAUAAAUAAAAAUGAAAUCGAAAUGCAAGGAGAGUCACUCACAACCAAAGUAGAAAUGAUUCGAUCAAAAUUGAAACGGAUGGCAAUGGAAAAUGAUAAGAACUUCAAUCAGGACCAACCUGUUCAAGCGGAAACUAUUAUUAAUGUGAUCAAGGUAUUGCUGGCAGCUACUCAACUCUGGGGACGUGAAUACAAUCAAGGAAAACAAGCUAGUACUAUUGCUGACCUCGCUGUGGCGCUUGCCGAUGUUUUGGACGAUGAAGAAGAUUCAAUGGAUGACAGUGUUGUGACUGAAUGUCAUCGAUUUCGUGGUGUAUCAUAUGGAUUAUUAGCAUGUCAAUCGGAUGAUCCUGAUAGUAGAUCUGAAUAUCAUCAAGAAGCAUUGAUGUCACUGGAAAUUGCUGUCACAUUGAACCCAGAUUGCUGGAAGUCCCAAUACGAACUUGGUUUUCAACAAUUUCAAAUCCGGGAUAUACAAGCUGCCUCUAGAUCAAUCACUCGUGCUCUCCAAAUCAAUCAAUCAUACCUACCAUCUUGGCAUCUUUUGGCUUUACUUUACUCAUCAAUGGAUCGUCUCAUCAGCAUCAGUGCUGGAUUGCCUGUCAUGUCUUGGACGGAAGAAAAGAACUGUCGUGAUAUCUUGGACUUGGCGGAAUCCAUCAUCUAUAUCCAUUUAUCACAACUUGCUUGUAUGGCCAAAAUGGAUGGACCUGAAACUGUUUUGCCAGAGUUAUCUCAUCUUUUCAAGUUAUACAGAACAAUGACUGCACAUCUUGGCAUCACUGAAAUCAUGGAAUUGGACCAAGUUUCCCUUUUUACAGAAGCACCAUCGACAAACGUUCCAUUACAACGAAAUGAUCGCAAGACCUCUCGACCUGAAAUUAAAUCUAUUACUACAAUCAACACUCCCGUCAAUACAUCGUCAACAACGCGGCCACCAUCUUCUUCUAUUGACGACUUGGAUGAACCUAAUACUCCCUCACUUUCUCAUACGACAUCCAAUGGUGUAGAUAAUACUGAAACGCCCGAUUUUGCACAUCAGUCUGAAUUUUCGUUGGCAUCAUUAUUGACACCCAGUCUUUCCAUGGCAUCUAUGCGUAGCUACACAACAAAUCGAUCGUCGUCGUAUAUCUCUGUUUUUGGCACAGAACAAAGUCAACAACCUGUCAACAGCUUUCUGUAUCGACAAAGGGAUCGAUGGAAUGCAUUAUUGAUGAGGCUCUGGUUAUUUGCUACCGAUUUAUUUCUUCAAGCGGGUCAAUUGGAUGAAGCGAACAAGGCAAUGAUGGAAAUGGAAACCCUGGCAUCAGGAGAAGCGGAUACGUGGCAUCAAAUGGGCGUGAUCUGUAUGCAAGCGAUGAUGGAUGACAAGAAAAAACGGAACUUGAUGGCACUUGAAGCAUUCCAAAAGGCGUUGACGUUGGAUGAAGAUCAUGUAGCGACACAUGUAUCGAUGGCAGCUCUUUUUAUUCAGUUAGAAGAAUGGGAGAUGGCAGAAAGUUUAUUGGAACGAACAACUCGAUCUUUUGGUUGGGAUCAUGCUCAGGCAUGGUAUCUUUUAGGUUGUGUCCAUCAACGACAAACUCAUUUACUCGACAAGGCAAAGACAUGUUACCUUUAUGCAUUGGAACUCAAGGAUACCGAACCAAUCCAAUCUAUAUUGACCUCUCUUCCUCGUUUUGUAUGA